UGUAGUAGACACUUGCUUCGAUAGAAUACCCGGAAGUCACACCAUUGACAUCAGGAAAUAGACAAAUCCAUAACCAGAGACCAAACCAAGCAGAUAAUGUCAAUUAGGUAGCGUUGGUCAUUUGCUGACAGUCGACUUCCGAUACUGAGGUGAAACGCCACAGUCAUUUGACAUCUGUGUGGGCAUAUUACACUUAACGAUAUCGUGUGUAGGCUGUCUUGUCGUGGUUGCGUAAAAAGACGGGGGAGACGGCGAGGAGGAAGAGGUCGGUGCCUGGCAGCUCGCAGUGGACGAGAGUUUUCAGGGCCUGGUAAGGAGUGAGAAGAUGAGCCAUGGAGCGAUGGUGCGAGAGAGUACAGGCUACCUGGGCUCCCCAUCAGCAGCAGUGUUGAGCCUGCCUCUACUACUGCUCCUGAGUUCAGUAUCCACAACACACGCCUCAGUGUGCAGGCAUCCAGUGGAACCGGAGAAUGGAGGCUACUCUUGCCACCCGUCUCCCUGUCGGACGCUGAGUGAGGGCACCGUGAUUGAGUUCUUCUGCGACGAGGGCUACGUCAUGAAGGGAGACUACAGGUACCUCACCUGCACCAGCGGAGAGUGGAACACCCUGACGCAGGUCCGCUGCCUUCCCUCUCAAGAGAAGGAGCCGGAGCCUGUGUUUGGCAUGAACACGGUCUCCCUGGUGACCACCACAGCCAGCUCGGUGGCCCUUGUCCUGCUCCUGGUGGUGCUGUUCGUGCUGCUGCAGCCCAAGCUGAAGUCCUUCCACCACACACGGCGCGAUGAGGAGGUGGGCGGUCAACCAGUGUCCAUCAUGGUGGACGGGGUGCAGGUGGCCCUGCCCUCUUACGAGGAGGCGGUUGCCGGGAGCGGCAGCAUGGGGUCCAGUCUGACCGCUCCUCCUCCUCCCGCGGAUCAGGGCGCCCACGGGCCCUCGGCAGCACCGCAGCAGCAGCAGGCAGAGCCGCUGGCCCCGGGGCAGCAUGCAGAGCUGGCCAUGGUGCACAGGGUGCCGUCCCCUUCCUCACCCCCCUCCUCCUCCUCCUCCUCCUCGUCGCUGGCGAUGCUGGGGGCCACCGCAGCCACAGGGCUCCAUCGGGGAGAGCGGCCGAGCAGCACACACAGCGAGCCGCACAGCCUGCUACUGGAGCCCUCAGAGCUGGACUUCACUGACGAUAUACCGCUGCUGAAAGAGGCAUAAGGGGAGAGGAGGCCUACUGUACAGCACACGCCUGGAGGUACCCAACCUGCUGCAGCCCACCACCACACACACAUACAUACACACACACACACACACACACACACACACAUACAUACACACACACACACA